CAAAUCUGGUCAGGUACAAAUACCAGAAGGCUUCGUGUCUGUAAGCAUGCCUGCCUAUUCUCCUCUCCAUCACACUGCUGACAGCAUGAAGUUCACAGUGGCCUUCGUCAGCCUGCUGGGGCUCCUCAUGGCAUCUGGUUUUUCUUACACUAUCAACAGCAACAAUGAAAGCAACAUAGGCGGAAGUGGUCCUCAGUCAGUGAGCAUCAACAACCAGCACAAUGUGGCCAAUGUGGACAGCAACAACGGCUGGGGCUCCUGGAAUGCCCUCUGGGACUAUGAAAAUAGUUUUGCUGCAACCAGACUCUUCGCCAAGAAAUCAUGCAUUGUGCACAAAAUGAACAAGAAUGUAAUGCCCUCCCUUCAAGAACUCGACACACUGGUCAAGGAGCAAAAGGAUAAAGGACCUGAGGGAACAUCUCCCAAGGAAUUGAUGUACUCCAUCAACCCUACCCGAGUGGAGGACCUGAGUACAUUUGGGACAAAGAUUGCUGCCAUGUGCCAGGGCAUCCCGACCUAUGUAGCUGAGGAGAUUCCAGUACCGAACCAGCCUUUGUACUCACAGAAGUGCUUCACUGCUAAAAUACUGUGGAUCCUGCAGAUGUCUUUCUGUGGAACAUCAGAGGAAACAUAUUAGAA